AUGAUCUGCAAAAGCUGCCGCUCAACUUUGCUGUCCCGGCUCAACCAGCCCGUUGUGACUCGGACAACCUCGACAUGCGCGCGCCAAUUACCUAUUGCUCGCACUCAAUUCCGGUCAUACAGCAGUGACAACAAUGCCUCCGUUGCUGCUACUCCUUCUCCACCAGCUCCCCGCCAGCCCACGGUCGGCGACCUCUCUACCCCGUCCGCCAUUUCCUCCGCAACCCCAGGCGUCUCCCAGCCAUUGAGCACCCCCGAAGGCGUUCACGUCGAUGUGAACCCCGGUGCCUCUACAAAACCCACUGCUGUUCGCCCACCCAGCAGCUGCCCGGCCGGCACUAAGCUGAACGGACUCAACUACUUCAAAAACAAGCCAGACGUUUUCGCCAAGGACGAUUCCGAGUACCCGGACUGGCUUUGGGGUCUCCUUGGCGAUGGUGCCAAAGACGCCAAGUCCAAGAAGGGUGGCGUUGACCCAAGCACCUUGAACAAGAAGCAACGAAAGCGCUACGAAAAGAAGAUUGCAGCUCGCACUGGUCCUCUCGCUGCUACGGUCCCUGCUCACCACCACGCCCACGAUAUCACCCCCGCUUCUUACAACCGCGACGGUGCCUCAACAGACGCUAUGGCCGAUGCUACUGCAGGUCACGAUCAGCGCUCAGAGGUCAUCAAGAGUGCCCGUGAGGCCAGACGGAAGGCCAUUAAGGAAUCUAACUUCCUGCGUGGUCUGUAA